UUAUUACAUAGUUGAAUAAUGGAAGAAGCAAUUCGCAGGAAUGAAAGACGGAUAAAUAUAGUUGAAUAGAGAUAAAAGUAGAACAGAGAAAUUUGCAUCAUGGAUUUCUCGUUCUCGUUCAGUUGGCUGUGCGUACAGGACUUGGCUAGGAUGACUCGAAACAAGGGAUAUAAGAGGCCGACGACCGUUCCUGUACUGCGUUAUUAAGUUGGAAUCGUUGAAGAAAGAAAGCGGCGUCCACUCGGUCGACUGUUUUUACGGGUAAACGAAUUGUUUGCGUAAAAGAUUACAACUUUUAAAAUGCGUGAAUGCAUAUCCAUCCACGUCGGUCAGGCGGGCGUUCAAAUUGGGAACGCCUGUUGGGAAUUGUAUUGUUUGGAACACGGAAUACAACCAAAUGGAGAGAUGCCGUCGGAUAAGACGUAUGACGAUAGUUUCAAUACCUUCUUUAGCGAAAUUAGUUCCGGUAAACACGUACCUAGAGCGGUAUUCGUCGAUUUGGAACCAACAGUCGUCGACGAGGUACGAAGCGGAAAAUAUCGACAACUUUUUCAUCCAGAUCAAUUGAUCACCGGUAAAGAAGAUGCAGCGAAUAAUUAUGCUCGCGGUCACUAUACAGUCGGGCGAGAAAUCGUCGAUUUGGUGAUCGAUCGGAUACGGAAGUUAGCGGAUCAGUGCACCGGAUUGCAAGGAUUUCUCAUCUUCCAUUCGUUCGGAGGCGGUACUGGGUCAGGUUUUGCUUCGCUGUUAAUGGAACGUUUGUCGGUAGAUUAUGGGAAAAAAUCGAAAUUAGAAUUUGCCAUUUACCCGGCACCGCGUAUUUCGACGGCAGUCGUCGAACCGUACAAUUCAAUUCUGACUACUCAUACGACUCUCGAGCAUUCCGAUUGCGCGUUCAUGGUCGAUAACGAAGCGAUUUUCGAUAUUUGCCGGCGCAAUUUGGAUAUCGAACGACCAACUUAUACCAAUUUGAAUCGGCUGAUCGGCCAGAUCGUUUCCUCGAUAACGGCUUCGUUGCGAUUCGAUGGCGCGUUAAACGUCGAUUUGACCGAGUUCCAGACGAAUUUGGUUCCUUAUCCAAGAAUACAUUUUCCUUUGGUUACAUACGCGCCGAUAGUAUCAGCGGAAAAAGCUUAUCACGAACAACUGUCGGUUGCCGAAAUCACAAACGCCUGUUUCGAACCGGCGAAUCAGAUGGUCAAGUGUGAUCCUCGUAACGGGAAAUACAUGGCUUGUUGCCUGCUCUACAGAGGGGACGUUGUUCCGAAAGACGUGAACGCCGCAAUCGCUGCGAUUAAAACAAAACGGACGAUACAAUUUGUCGAUUGGUGUCCAACUGGUUUUAAAGUCGGUAUAAAUUAUCAACCACCUACGGCUGUACCUGGCGGCGAUUUGGCCAAGGUACAGAGAGCCGUUUGUAUGUUGUCGAACACGACAGCCAUUGCCGAAGCUUGGGCUCGCCUCGACCAUAAGUUUGACCUGAUGUACGCGAAGAGAGCGUUUGUUCAUUGGUACGUUGGGGAAGGCAUGGAAGAAGGUGAAUUCUCCGAAGCUCGCGAGGAUCUCGCAGCUCUCGAGAAAGACUACGAAGAAGUAGGAUUAGAUUCGAACGACAUGGAAUUAGACGCUACCGAUGAGUAUUGAUUUUAUUUUCAAAUCGUCUGGGCUUCGUUAACAGAAAAAUCAUCAUUUGUAUAUUCUCGUUAAGAGAGAAAUAUGGAAUAAAAAAGGAUGAAACUCGGCAUUUCUCGUAAAUUGUAGACGUAAUCGUUUCGUUUUUAUUGCAUUACACAAACGGGGCUGGGGAGGCAAAAUUAAAUAGCGGAUUAAAUAGUUUAGCGCGACGCUUUAACAAAUUAAAAACGUAAAAACAUUAACAGUACAAUAUAGUUUCUUAUCGUAGACGUAAUGCGAUGGCAGUCUUGAGAGUCCUGGAAAUAUGCUGUGUCUGUGUGAUUGUUGUAUGAUUAUUUCAGUUUUUCAAUUUCCUAUUUACUAUUUUCUUUUCUAUGUUCUAUUAUCAUUCGUUUCCGGGGUAUAUGAAUUUUUCAUUCGCAUUGCGCGAUAUCCUCGACUCCUCUUCUGCUCGCGUUUUUAAUCCUCUUUUUAUAUAUAUUCGGUAAUUGUUCUCCUUUUAUUUGCGAUAAGCUUUUGCACGUGGCAGUGUCUGGAAAUAGAAAAGAAAAAAGAUGGAAAAUUUAAAAAACAAGAUUUACUAGUUAAUAAUAAAUAAGUAUACACGAUUUAGGGGCAACGCGGGUGAUCAAUACCAUCGUCGUACGUUGAUAACAAUAAAUUUCUGUAAUAUCUAACUGGCGACUAAAUAUACGUACACGUGUAUAUUAUAUAAAAUACUAAGUUUGAUGCAUCUAUGCGAGUUACAAUAGCGCCAGCCGAGAUCUACUAUUCUAA